AUGUCGUCAACCAGAACAGAUGGUUCUUAUCAAGACAAAAAGAAAGAAGAAAAUGUUGAAAAGGAGAAGAGCCCUAAACCAAACGAAAAAGGAGUUACUGAAGAAAAAAAAUCAUCAAAGAAUGUACCUGAAGAAAAAAGUUCUCAGAGGAGAAGAAAGAGAAAAGUUGUUUCUUUAAUAAGAAAGAAAAAACUUGAUGAAAAUCAAGAUUCCGAGUCUCAAAAAAAUCAGAUAAAGAGAAGUAAAAAGAAGAAAGUAAAUAAAGAAUUUGAUACAAUCCGAAACAGGUGCUCACCUGGAUCUUUAUUAUCUGUUAUACAAGGAUUCAAUGAUGUUCAAAAGGAUUGUGUUAAAAAGAUGGGUUUUGGGGAUCUUCUAAAGAUGAAGAUGAUAGAUGUGCCAGGGGCAUUAAGUUGUUUUGUUCUUGAGAAGUUUAAUUCAAAAACAAAGAAAAUUGUUAUGGAAGGAGGUGUGAUUGAUGUUACUAGAGAGUCAGUCAAUCAAAUACUUGGAUUUCCAUGA